GGACAUAAAUGAUGUAGCGGCUGGCUACGGGGUGUUAGCCAAUGGCUUUGGCCGGGGGGCGGGACUUCCGGUGAAGUUAGGGAAAUUACGUUGUUGACAGGAAGUGUGGGGGUUCGAGUUUUGCCGGGAAAGGAGAUAGGCGCAUGUUGGAGCUGUUGUGUGCCUUAAAUGCAUCUUGUACAAUAAAUGCAAGAUAACUGCUUGAGUGUGUGCAGACGAGCUCGCUUUGUGGGCCCGGGAGGCUACAACCUUAGUAGGUUACAAGCUCAAACAGGAGUGACAAUAAGUCAAAUGGAUGGGGAGACUUUCUCCGUGUUCGCUCCCACGCCAGGAGCCCUCAGCGAGGCGCAGGACUUCAUCUGUGAGAUCUGCAAAGAUGAUGUGGACUACAGGCAUAGGGCAGCGGCGGCCGACAGGAUCCCGGUUAACUAUUUACGGCGAGAGCUGGGCACCACUGAAAAUGAGAUUCUCACCAACAGACUCAUAGACAGAUCCAUCCUGCCUCUUUUCCCCACUGGAUACUUUUAUGACACCCAGUGGCAAAGCGGGAAAUUCUGGACCUCAUGAACAAAUGCAUAGCAGAGCCGAGGGCAGUCAGGAAGGAGAACGGGCCAGUAGUUGAGAAGGUGCACGUUCCUGUAUCCAAACAAGCUCGCUUUGUGUGCCCGGGAUGCUACAACCUUCGGAGGUUGCAAGCUCAAACAGGAGUGACAAUAAGUCAAGUAGAUGAGGAGACUUUCUCCGUGUUCGCUCCCACGCCUGGAGCCCUUAGCGAGGCGAAGGACCUCAUCGGGGAGAUCUGCAAAGAUGAUAUGGAUUUUGCUGCUGUUCACGCCGCUACUGAAAUAAGCAAUACCGUGAAUUCUGACGACUACACAAAAUCCAAUUUGAUGGAGAAGAUCAGAGAUGAUAACGAACAGUGAAACAAAGAACAGAGCACUGUGUGUGUGUUAACUUUUCCAGGCAGUGUGUGUAGCAGUAGAGCCCAGGGGGUGUGAGGGGGAUUUUUGAGGGGAUGAGUGGGUGGAUGGUAUCAUCACCUGCUUCCACCUUGGACAGCAGCCGCUGGUUCGGCCUCGGGGAGAAGUCGGGGAGGUGGAGAGGUUAGGUCCCGUUGUAAAAAAGCUCUUAAGCUGAUGGAUAACACAGGAGCACAAAAGAAAUGUGCUGUUAAUGGCUGGUUUUCUCCUCCUCCUUGUGCCGCACAUCUACUAAGCUCCAUCUGGACCACACUGCACGUCUGCUGCCCACCCCAGAACAACUGUUGAUUAUAUUCAUUAGCGCUUCUGAGCAUACCCAGGAAUCUGUUGUUCUUGUUGUCAAAGCCAGCCAGGCAGCUUUAUGGUUCUUAAUUAAUAUACUUAAGCUUUCCCACGUGUCCAUUAACCCCCCUCUAUUGUGUUGUUUCCACCAUAGAUUGUCAGAUCAGGUGUCAAGUGGUUUCUCAGUAAAAAAGUGUGUGCGUGUGUUUGUGUUUAAAAAUAAAAUAAAAGAGGAAACCCUUUUCUUCCUAUUGUUAUCGAUACCAUUUCAAGUUCCGUUUCCAGGAAGGUGUGCGUGUGUUUGCACAUGUAUUUUACAUCAUAUUGAAGCAGUUCUUCACAAUUGUUCUCGUGAGGGGGAACAUGCUUUAUCAGUAUCAUGCGGUAUCAUGCGUGCUCAUUGUAGCCAUUAAUCCUGACUUCCUCAUUUAGAUUUAAAAAAAAUCUUCACAAAUUGUUUUUUUCAUUUGUAGGUUGAAUUGUUUUAUAUAUUGUUAAUGUUUCUGAUAAUAUCGGUCUGCCGAUAAUAUUGGCCGAUAAAUGCUUUAAAAUGUAAUAUCAGAAAUUAUCGGUAUCGUUUUUUUAUUAUCGGUAUCGUUUUUUUUAUUUUAUUAAAUCAAC